AUGGGGGAAAAUCCUGCCAAGAACCAUUAUGCACAGCUUAACCAGGGAGAAGAGAAUGAGAUGGAGAUAUUUGGCUACAAAACUCAAGGCUGCCGAAGGGCCUUGUGCAUUGCUGGGUUCAUCUUGUCCUGUGGGGCUCUGAGGCUGCUGUUUUACUGGAAGCCAGAGUGGGAUGUGUGGAUGAACUGCAUCCGAUGCAGCUUGGAAGAAGCUGAUAUUGUUCUGCUUAGAACAACGGAUGAUUUUCGGACUUAUUCUCGUAAGACUGUGACAUGGAUCUCUGUGUCUGCAUUUAUCAAAAGCAGAUCAGACUAUCCAGCCACUGAGGAAGACUCAAUCUUCAGCAAAGCCAUAAUGAAGCCAAGUUUGCUAGUGAAAACUAUCCAAGUGCAAAAAAUCCGCUAUGUCUGGAAUGACUGUGCAAAACAGUUCCAGAAAGUUGGAGUUCUAGAAGAUCACUACACUUGCUCAGCUAUACAUGAUAAAUUUGGUUCUGGUCUCACCUGCAAUGAACAAAAUGUCAGGAGAGUUAUCUGUGGGCCAAACACUAUCGAUGUUCCAGUGAUCCCUAUUUGGAAACUACUCAUCAAAGAGGUCCUAAAUCCAUUUUACGUGUUCCAGCUGUUCAGUGUGUGUCUGUGGUUUGCUGAAGAUUACAUGGAGUAUGCUAUUGCCAUCAUAUUCAUGUCUCUCCUCUCAAUAUUUUUGACCGUAUAUGAUCUUAGAAAGCAAUCCAUUAAACUGCACAAACUGGUUGAGUCUCAUAACAGCAUCAUGGUCACUGUCUGCAGAAAUAAGGAAGGUUUCCAAGAGUUGGAAUCACACUAUCUUGUUCCUGGAGAUUUGCUGAUUUUGAAAGAGGGCAAAACCCUUUUGCCUUGCGAUGCCAUCCUGGUCAGCGGGCAGUGCACUGUAAAUGAAAGCAUGCUGACAGGAGAAAGUAUUCCAGUAACAAAGAUCCACCUACCACAAGCUGAUAAUUUGAAGCCCUGGAGAGUGCACUGUGCAGAGGAUUACAGAAAACAUGUCCUCUUCUGUGGAACAGAGGUCAUCCAGACCAAGGCAGAUGACAGAGGUGUAGUGAAAGCUGUGGUGCUGCAGACUGGUUUCAACACAGCCAAGGGGGAUCUGGUGAGAUCCAUUCUCUACCCUAAACCCAUGAACUUCAAGCUGUACAGGGAUGCCCUCCGGUUCCUGAUGUGCCUCAUAGCAUUUGCAGCCAUUGGAAUGAUCUACACAGUGUGUGUAUUUGCACUUAAUGGGGAGGAGACAGGAGAAGUGGUGAAGAAGGCUUUGGAUGUUAUCACUAUUGCUGUCCCACCAGCUCUGCCAGCUGCCUUGACAACAGGAAUAAUUUAUACCCAGCAGAGGUUGAAGAAAAAGGGCAUCUUUUGCAUCAGCCCACAGAGGAUCAACAUGUGUGGACAGCUGAACCUUGUCUGCUUUGACAAAACUGGCACCUUAACAGAAGAUGGCCUGGAUCUUUGGGGCUUGCUGCCCUCUGAAAGAAACUGCUUUCAGAAUAUUCACAGUUUCCCUGCAGACCACAGCCUGCCUUGGGGCCCAGUGUUCAAAGCACUGGCAGUUUGUCAUUCAUUAAUUGUUUGGGAAGGCAAGAUCCAAGGAGACCCAUUGGAUGUGAAAAUGUUCGAGGCUACUAACUGGGUGAUAGAUGAUUCCAGCGGACAUCAGAAUGAAGGUCAAGGAUCCGCACAUGCCACUGUUGUUAGACCUGGACUUCAAGCCACCACUGCCCCUGUGGAAGGAAUUACCAUUUUACAUCAGUUCCCAUUUUCCUCAGCCUUGCAAAGAAUGUCUGUGAUUGCCCAGGAAAUUGGUGGGGACACACAGGCCUUCACAAAAGGGGCUCCUGAAACAGUGGCCAUGCUGUGCAGAGCAGAAACAGUCCCAUCAAACUUUGAAAGCAAGCUCCUGCUCUACACAGCCCAGGGCUUUCGGGUCAUUGGCCUGGCCUGUAAAUCUCUGCAGGCAGGGAAACCACCUGCUGCUCUGACAAGGGAGGAGGUAGAAUCUGAUCUGACAUUUCUGGGCCUGCUGAUAAUGGAGAAUCGAUUAAAGAGGGACACAAAGCCUGUUCUGGAAGAGCUCAGCGCUGCCCGCAUCAGGAGUGUUAUGGUCACAGGGGACAACAUUCAGACAGCUAUAACAGUUGCCAAAAAUGCUGGCAUGAUAGCUCCAACACACAGAGUGAUUCUUGUGGAAGCAAACGAAGGGCCUGGAUCUUUUUCAGCAUCUAUAACCUGGAAAUCCCUAGAAGAAAACAAAAUUGAAGAUUACAGAAGCCUGGAUGACACUCAGACUGAGCCAGGAAUCAGGCUGGCAUUGGGAUCAGGCCAGUAUCACUUUGCCAUGAGUGGAAAAUCUUACCAAAUUGUAGCACACCAUUUCAGGCACUUACUUCCAAAGCUCUUGCUGAAUGGAACAGUUUUUGCUAGAAUGUCUCCUAGUCAGAAAUCCAGUCUUGUAGAAGAAUUUCAAAAGCUGGAUUACUUUGUGGGCAUGUGUGGAGAUGGAGCCAAUGACUGUGGGGCUUUGAAAGUGGCACAUGCAGGGAUAUCCCUGUCGGAGCAGGAGGCGUCUGUGGCUUCACCAUUCACAUCCCGAAUGCCCAGCAUAGCCUGUGUUCCAGAGCUAAUCAGGGAAGGCCGUGCUGCUCUUGUCACUUCCUUCUGCAUGUUCAAGUACAUGGCACUGUACAGCAUAAUUCAGUACCUUGGUGUUCUCCUGCUUUACUGGCAACUAAACUCCUUUGGGAAUUACCAAUUUUUGUUCCAAGAUCUGGCUAUUACCACUGUAAUUGGUGUGACAAUGAGUUUCACACGUGCCUAUCCAAAGCUGGUCCCCUACAGGCCUCCAAGCCAGCUCAUCUCACCCCCACUGCUGCUCUCUGUUGUGCUUAACAUCCUCUUCAGCCUCAGCAUGCAGAUCUUUGGGUUUGUGGUGGUCCAGGAGCAGCCUUGGUACUCCCAGACUGAUAUACACAGUGCCUGCCUGUCAGUGAACAUCCAUGAGAGGAAUUCAUCCUCCAGCCUGGGCCUCCACGGGGUGAGAGAUGGAGCCCAUGAGCAAACAGACAAUGGCUUCAAGAGCUAUGAAAACACCACAGUGUGGCUGCUAAGUACCAUCAAUUGCCUCAUUGUAGCACUAGUGUUUUCCAAGGGAAAGCCUUUCAGGCAACCCAUCUACACCAACUAUGUGUUCAUACUGGUGCUCAUAGGGCAGCUGGGUAUUUGCCUCUUCUUGAUGUUUGCUGACAUUGAUGGUCUCUACUCCAAGAUGGAUCUCGUUUGCACCCCUACCACGUGGCGAAUCUCCAUGGUGGGAAUGCUCGCAGUCACACUGGCUGUGUCCUUCCUUGUUGAGGAAGCAGUCAUUGAGAACAGACCCCUGUGGCUGCUUCUGAAAAAGACAUUCCAGUACCACUCAAAGAGCCACUACAAGAGGCUGCAGCACAUGUUGGAGCAGGACUCAGCCUGGCCACCUCUGAAUGAAACCUUCUUCUCAGAUUCUGUGGCAGUAACAGUAGAAGGAAAUAUGGGAGGCCAUAGCAAUCCAACAUUUGACAGCAAUGAGGACUCACUCUGAAAGAAACUGCAGUGAACAAAUGUCCAGGACAGUUGAAUUUGAUCUUAAAAGAUUCAGUGACUUAAAAAGAGGAAGAGCUGCUCUCCCAUUCUAGGAGUAACCAGCUCUUGCUUACAUCUAAAUUAACUGGAAGCACGAAAUCUUCUACAGUAACAUAAAGCCACAAUGAUGUUUCCUCUGUCCCCUUGCCCAUAUACAGAUGGCUGCCAGCUGAAUAUUGGUAAAGUAUUUGUGGUUGAAACAG